AAACCGCUUGCAAAUAGAACAGCGAGGACGCGCUAGCGUUUCGGGCCAUAGUCCGAACUCCGGAAACUAGAGAGUUAAGCCCUGCUCCUCUCUUGCUCUCGGGGUAGGGAGAGUGUGGUGGGAGGGCCGAGCGGCGACGGAAAUAACCGAGCGGCUGCCGAAAGGAGCCGAACCUCUUCCGGAAGCGACCGAUUUGUGAGAUCUAGCUCUCCGACGUGAGCCGAGCUGCGGGCCUUGUUCUCCGGAUCAGCCGAAGGUGUUCCGGAAGGAGGCGAAUCCCGAGGCGGGCAGGGCAAGCCUUCUCUGCGGCGGGCCGAGUCCAACGUCUGGUGGGACUCAGCGAGGGCGGGGGAGAGCCGGAGCCUGGCUCCGGUCCGACAGGAAUCGAGCUCGUUCCGGAAGAAGCCGAGCAAACCAGCGCCGGCCUAGGCGUCCGGGGAGUGAGGCUGUAGCAGCCGCGGCAACCGCGCGGGCCGGGAUGAACCGCGACGGCUGAGGCAGUGGAAGGUGCCGGCUGCGCGAGCCCCAUCUACACUCCCGUGAAGUGCCAGCCCCGCGCUGGGGGCUUCGUCUCGAGCAGAGUCCUGUCCUCUUUGUGCAGCCGGAGGCGGCGGCGGGAACGGCCAUGGCGGCUAACAUGUACCGGGUGGGAGAUUAUGUCUAUUUUGAGAACUCCUCCAGCAAUCCUUACCUGGUGAGACGGAUUGAGGAGCUCAAUAAGACUGCAAAUGGAAAUGUGGAAGCAAAGGUUGUCUGUCUUUUCCGGCGAAGGGACAUUUCUAGUAGCCUCAACAGUCUGGCUGACAGUAAUGCCAGAGAGUUUGAGGAGGAAUCCAAGCAGCCAGGGGUGUCAGAGCAGCAGAGACACCAACUGAAGCACCGGGAGCUUUUUCUUUCUCGGCAGUUUGAGUCGUUACCUGCCACCCACAUAAGGGGGAAAUGCAGUGUGACUCUUUUGAAUGAGACGGAUAUUUUGAGCCAGUACCUGGAAAAGGAGGACUGCUUUUUUUACUCACUGGUGUUUGACCCUGUGCAGAAAACACUUCUAGCUGAUCAAGGGGAAAUCAGGGUUGGUUGCAAAUACCAAGCUGAGAUCCCAGAUCGCCUGGCAGAGGGAGAAUCAGAUAAUAGGAACCAGCAGAAGAUGGAGAUGAAAGUCUGGGACCCAGACAACCCUCUCACAGACCGGCAGAUUGAUCAGUUUCUUGUGGUGGCCCGAGCUGUGGGAACCUUCGCAAGAGCCCUAGAUUGCAGCAGCUCCAUUCGGCAGCCAAGCCUGCACAUGAGUGCAGCUGCUGCCUCCCGAGAUAUCACCCUGUUUCAUGCCAUGGACACGUUGCAAAGGAAUGGCUAUGACCUGGCUAAGGCCAUGUCCACCCUGGUGCCGCAGGGGGGUCCAGUGCUGUGUCGGGAUGAGAUGGAGGAAUGGUCUGCUUCUGAGGCUAUGCUAUUUGAGGAGGCCCUAGAGAAGUAUGGGAAGGAUUUCAAUGAUAUUCGCCAGGAUUUUCUACCCUGGAAAUCACUUGCCAGCAUAGUACAGUUUUAUUACAUGUGGAAAACCACUGACCGGUAUAUUCAGCAGAAAAGACUGAAAGCUGCUGAAGCAGACAGCAAACUGAAACAGGUCUACAUCCCCACCUACACUAAGCCAAACCCUAACCAGAUCAUUUCUGUGGGUUCCAAGCCUGGCAUGAAUGGGGCUGGAUUCCAGAAGGGCCUGACUUGUGAGAGCUGCCACACCACACAGUCUGCCCAGUGGUAUGCCUGGGGCCCACCCAACAUGCAGUGCCGCCUUUGUGCUUCCUGUUGGAUCUACUGGAAGAAGUAUGGGGGACUGAAGACCCCAACCCAGCUUGAGGGGGCUGCUCGGGGCACCACAGAGCCACACUCAAGAGGUCAUUUAUCCAGACCUGAAGCCCAAAGUCUCUCACCCUAUACCACUAGCGCCAACCGGGCCAAGCUGCUGGCUAAGAACAGGCAGACUUUCUUGCUCCAGACCACGAAGCUGACCCGUCUGGCCAGACGAAUGUGCAGGGACCUGUUACAGCCGAGGAGGGCUGCCCGACGACCCUAUGCCCCUAUCAAUGCCAAUGCCAUCAAGGCAGAGUGCUCCAUUCGACUUCCUAAGGCUGCCAAGACUCCACUGAAGAUUCACCCUCUGGUGCGGCUGCCUCUGGCAACUAUCGUCAAAGAUCUGGUGGCCCAGGCACCUCUGAAACCAAAAACGCCUCGGGGCACCAAGACACCAAUCAACAGAAACCAGCUGACCCAGAACCGGGGCCUAGGAGGCCUUAUGGUGAAACGGGCCUAUGAGACUAUGGCAGGGACAGGGGUCCCCUUCUCUGCCAAUGGAAGGCCUCUGGCCUCAGGGAUUCGAUCAAGUUCACAGCCAGCAGCCAAACGUCAGAAACUAAACCCAGCUGAUGCCCCCAAUCCUGUGGUAUUUGUGGCCACAAAAGAUACCAGGGCCCUACGGAAGGCUCUAACCCACUUGGAAAUGCGACGAGCUGCCCGCAGGCCCAACUUGCCCCUGAAGGUGAAGCCAACGCUGAUUGCAGUGCGGCCCCCAGUCCCUCUCCCUGCACCAUCACAUCCUGCCAGCACCAAUGAGCCUAUUGUCCUGGAGGACUGAGCAUCUCUGGGGAAGGGAGGUGGACUGAGAAGUAAAGGGUGGGUGUCUAGUGCACCCAGACCUCCCUUCCCUUUAGAAUCAAAGGAAGUGAGGAGUAAGGGAGGGCUGGAGCAAGUGAGCGUGUGUCCCUGGAGGGGUUGGGUGCCCUCUGGUGUUACCGCCUUGGUGACUUGUCCCCUUCCCAUGCUUCUCCAUGCUUGUGAUGGAGGGCAGCCUGCAGGAACUUGGCCCAUGUGGACUUAUAGCCUGAUUUGGGGGGAGGGUUUUUUAAUUUUUUUAAAAUUUUGCCUCCCUUUAUGAAAGGGAUGGGGGAGGGGAAAGAGUAAACAUCAGGUGGUGGUACCUGUUUGGGGGGGGCGUGCACUGCCAUGUGGUUUUUUUUUUUUUCCUAAUUGGGGGUUUCUUUUCCUGUCCGGUGUCCGGACUUCCCUAUUUGGAGUUUGAGGCCCCUAAGCUGGCAUCAGCUCCAGCCCAUGCUCUUUCUUCCCUCUCCCUCCCCCUCUGCCUUUUGUAUGCCAGUGCUCAGAAAUAAAGAUCUUUUGUCCGUUUUUUAACCUCGGAUUCUGUAAUUGGUUCUUAUAGUAACAAAUAAAAAGCUGGUUUCUUCAGCUCC